AUGUUGUCUCUGCAACAACCGCAGACAUUUGUCAAUUUGUUAUGCGGAGUACACGACUAUGUCUGGAUUGGUCUGACUGACGCUGUUACUGAGGGGAUCUGGAAAUGGGUGGAUGGCACACCACUGACCACAGCGUAAGACAUUUAAUGAGUUCUGUGUCACUAUGAAAUAACUGAAUGGAAUAGUAGGCCAGUCUCAUUCUAUGAGUUGUUUCUUCUGCAGGUAUUGGAGGAGUGGACAGCCUGAUGGUGGUGAGGACUGUUCGUAUUUCUACUCCUGGUCAUCAGACAGGAGAAUG